AUGGGUAUUCCUUUUUGUAGUAUGCCUCCCCGUCGUACACUUGAUGCACGAAAGGAAGCGACUCGCCGGAGACGUCAGGCAUUAGAAAAUGCCAUCAUCUCUUUAGCCAACCGUGGUAAUGUUCCUGCUGGUGGGCAGUCAGUCUUCGAUAGGUUUGAUCGUCAUAGGCCACCGACCUAUGAGGGUGCUACUGAUCCUGUUAUCUUAGAGAGUUGGCUCCGAGAAAUGGAAAAAAUGUUUGCAGCCACUGGAUGUCCUGCUGCAGAAAUGGUCCCUAUAGGUACCUAUUAUCUGAAAAUGGAGGCAGACAACUGGUGGAGCACGAUUCGUGCAAGCUGCAUGGCUACACCAGACUUUGGUUGGGCACAGUUCGUUGCUAAAUUGAAGGAGAGGUUCUACCCAGAUGAGCUCCGUUGGCAGAAACAGGAGGAGUUCCUCUUAUUAUCUCAGGGGACUUUGAGCAUUCAGGAGUACACGGACAAGUUUACUGAGUUGUCCCAUUUUGCUACUACUAUUGUACCUACAGAGGCUGAGAGGGUGAAGAGGUACAUAAAGAGAAUGGAUCCGAAGGUUAGGACUUAUGUGAUGAGUUCGGGAGCCUCUACAUUUCAGGGGGCAUAUGAGAUCGCCUUAAGUAUUCAUGCUUCCGUCAAGGAAGAAGCUGCUAGGGUUGUUGCUGUGAAGAAGCCUGUUGUGUCCUUCGUCCAGAGUCCGGCUAAAAGGCUGAGGUAUGAGUCUAGUAGCCAUGGGGGCUACCAGCAAGGUUCUGGUUAUCGGCAGGGUUAUGCUGCGACUAAGUGUCGUCGAUGUGAGAAGGCGAUACAUCCAGGCAAGAACUGUGAUGGCACUACGAUCACUUGCUACUAUUGUAGAGAGAUUGGGCACAAGUCAUUUCAGUGCCCUAAGAACCCGAGUGCUACAUCAUCUUCUGUAGGUCCUACUCAGUCAGCCGGUUCUUCUGUUCCUCCUAAGAACAGAGUAUAUGUGAUGACUCAGGCAGAGGCAAAUGUUCAUCCAGAUGCGAUUACUGGUACUUUUCUUAUUAAUAAUGUGCCUGCUUAUGUUUUAUUUGAUACUGGUGCCUCUGUGUCUGUUGUAUCUAGUGCUUUUGUGAAAAAAGCUAAUUUGACCUCUCGUUCUCCCGUAAGGUGCCUCAUAUCUCUUGCAUCCGGAGAGAGUUACCCUUGCUAUGUUGAAUACAAGGAUGUCUCCAUGGUUAUUUUGGGAACCGAUCUUCCAGCCGACCUUAAGGAGUUUGAUUUUUCCGAGUUUGAUGUAAUGUUAGGUGUAGAUUAG